CUACUACUACUACUACUCCUACUACUACUCCUACUCCUACUCCUACUCUAGGUUGAAUGUAAGUGGACGGAUAUUUCAUGUAAGUUGGAAACUUCUGUUAUCUUUACCCAGCUCCAGGUUGGGACGGUUAGCUCUCUGCACCAACCUGAGUCAGGUUCUAGCUCUCUGUGAUAAAUAUGAACCCCGGAGAAAUGAAUUCUUCUUCAACUAUAGAUACAGUAAUAUGCUGGAUAUAUUAACCUACUAUAGAACAGGAAGCCUACACAUUUCAGGGGAUUGCUGUGUCGUUGCAUUUGUACAGGAUUUAAGUUAUUGGGGAUUUUCUGAAAAUAAUCUUGAGUCCUGUUGUUUCAAGAGAUAUAUGGAUACCAAGGAGAACCUGGACUGGGAUACCCAGAAUACAGCCGGGGAUGUAGAAAUCGAGAUUUUCCCUCCAGGACCUCGAGGCAGGGUUCAGAAAGUACUUUGGGAUCUAUUUGAACAUCCUCAUACAUCCAUGUCAGCUAGAGUCAUAGGAAUUGUAUCAGUGACCUGCAUAUUCAUUUCUACCGUGAUAUUAACUUUAGAAACACUUCCUUACUUCCAGGAACAUGAGGACCAGACUUUAGGAGAAUUUAGUGUAUUUGCAAUGAUCGAGGCAGUUUAUAUGUCCUGGUUCACAUUAGAAUUCCUAGUUAGACUUGUCUGCUGUCCGAGUAAAGUUGAUUUUUUAAAGAAAACAAUGAAUUGGAUUGAUCUGCUAGCAAUAAUCCCUUACUACGUGACGGUUGGUCUGCAGAGCUACGGAGUCCUGGAUCAGGUUGAGGAUCAGGGUCUCCAGCUAGGGGUCGGAGAAGGGGAGGAGGAGCUGCAUCCUGGGACGGAUCCAGGAAAUGGGGACGUGAGCCGGACGGCGCAGUACUUCCGUCUUCUCAAGCUUGCUAGAAUUGUUAAAACAUUGAGGAUUAUCAGGAUCUUCAAGUUAGCCCGACAUUCAACCGGACUCCAGGCCCUGGGGAACACAAUGAAGUCGAACUACAAGGAGCUGGGCCUCCUCUUCCUUCUCCUCGGGAUGGGGGCCAUCAUGUUCGCCUCCCUCAUCUACGUGUUCGAGAAGGAGGACAAUGACUCGACCUUCAAAACAAUGUUCGAUGCUUACUGGUGGGCAAUCAUCACGAUGACAACGGUUGGGUACGGUGAUGUGAGUCCUGUGACCGGGAUGGGUAAAGUGAUCGGUUGUUUCUGUGCGAUCUUUGGCGUGCUAGUGAUCGGACUACCGAUCCCAAUUAUCGGGAAUAGUUUUAAUAAGUUCUAUGCCCGACAGAAGAGAUGGGAGAAAGGAGAAGCUGAAGCAAAGAGCAGAAAGUUGGCUCUAGAGAACCAGAGUAAACAAGGGAAGGAUCAGCAGGACGGAUUAUCUAGAUCAUCUUUCCGUGGACUUUAGUGCAUUAUGAUUUAAAGUCAUUAUAUGAUUAAAGGGACUGUACAGUGUAGACGUAAACCGCGGCAUUCAAUUUCCAGCUUGAAACAAAUAGGAACUCUCCCUUAUUGAUGAUCAGAAGAAGGGUAUCGUUGUUAAUUGAACAUGCCACUCUACAAGGGCAACUUCGAAAGUCCUUUAUUUACGCUGCUCAGUCCUUUCUAGUCCCAAAGUUAAGUGAAAAUUUAGGACUAGGGUUUCUGUAAACCCUAGGAAAAUUGUCAGAUACAGAAUGCUCAACUCGUUAAACGUUUGCUCAUGAAUUCAAUGAAACCCUCUGUGAUUAAACGUGUUUAUGUAUUCAUGUACCGGUGUACUGUACUGCAUAUUUUACAAACAAAUGUACGCAAAUGUAUCAUUAAAAAUAGAUUCAGUUUUGAAAAUUAAAAA